AUGAUAUCGUUCGGACUUCUUCAAUACAAUGUGCAUAAGUCGUGGGAUGUGAUGGCCACAUUCCUACGCGAUGAGAAGGUUCUGGCUGCGGAGGUGAUCGCAGUGCAGGAGCCAUGGAGAAAUGACAAGAACAGAACAACACACCAACCAGCCACAGCGGAAUUCCAACUGCUGUACCCCAAAACAUUAGGGCCAAAUCAACCAGGGGUCUGCUUCUUCAUAUCGAAGAAGAUCGAUCCCAGAACUUGGUCAUGCCAGCAGAUUUCAACGGACUAUCAAAUCCUAAAGGUCCGGCGUGCGCACCAGGGAAGGGAUUGGACUGAUCUCUUCAUCCACAACAUCUACAACAGACCAGGCAGCGGCACAUUCGAAGUGCUUCGAGAGGAGCUUACAAAGCGCCCAUUCGGAGAACAUAUUGUAGUCGGCGAUAUGAAUGUCCACCACCCGGCCUGGGGAGGCCCCGGAACCCGGAUCGAUCGGGAAGCGGAAGAUCUGCUUCUGAUCAUGGAUGAACAAGGGCUCCAGUUAACGACGGAGGAGGGAAUGGAGACGUGGUCAAGCCGAGAACAGUCAUCAGUCAUCGAUCUCACAUUCGUUUCGUCGAGUCUACAUUCCAGACUUGUACGGUGCGAGCGAGCCGACGACCUAGAACACACAUCAGACCAUUUCCCAAUCAGAACGGAACUCGAUAUUGAUACACCAUUGUUUAAACCCCCCAAACGGAGAAAUUGGACCGCCACCGACGACAAGAAGAUUGUGGAAUUCAUCGACGAACACUGGACUAGCCGGAAUUUGUCCCAAGCCGACCCGAUGCGCAUUGAGCUUGAAUGUCAAGCUUUUAUGCGGGUUAUCGCUGCCGCAGUCGAUAUAUCUACCCCAUGGGCAAAGCCAUCAGAAUGGGCGACCCCAGGAUUCACUAGGGAGUGCCGCGAAGCGAUCAAACUUGCACGCCAGCUACGACGGCGCCAUUGCAAAACCAAAGACCCCUACGAUUGGAUGCGCUACAAAGAGGCACGCAACUAUAAGAAACGCCUCGUCAAAGGCACGCUUACCCAAGCCCACCGACGAAGGGUGCAGCAGGUCAUCAGGAGGGCCCUCAUUGCAUGUGGCGCCUCGCUAAAUGGGCGCGCAAUCGGGAUGGAGCAAACAGUGGAUGAGAAAGCUUUAGCUUUCCAAGCGGCAUUCUUCCCACAGCCACCACCAGCCGAUCUAUCAGAUACCACCAACUUCAACUACCCAGACCCAAUCGAUUUCCCUCCAAUAAUUGCACACGAGAUCGAGGAGGCGGUGCGAUCUACCAAAGCCGGAAAGGCUCCAGGGGAAGACGGCAUCCCAAACUCUCUCUGGCACAAGCUAAUCGAUGUGCCGGUAAUCAUCAACACGCUAGUUCAGCUAUUCAAUGCAUGUGUCCGAGUCGGGUACAACCCCACACACUUCCGCAAAUCAAUCACAGUGGUUCUCCGAAAAGGGGGGAAAUUCCUUGAGUCGGUCAUUGCGCGGCGUAUUAGCUACGCAGUCGAGGAAGAGGGACUGCUACCACCAACGCACCUUGGCGGCCGAAAAGGGAUCUCCACAGAUCAUGCGAUUCACAAUAUGAUCGAUCGAGUCAAAAUGGAAUGGGGCAAGGGCAACCCGGUAGUGUCACUACUAAUGCUCGAUGUGUCUGGCGCGACAGUUGGCCCCCUGGGUCAAAGCCUUCCUAUCCUUUCGCAGCACCAAAAUCAGGAUGCCAGAGGGGAUCCAGAGGGGAUGUCAGGCACGAUUCCAACCCCAACGGGGAUCCCACAGGGCUCCCCAAUCUCGCCAAUACUAUAUCUGCUAUACAAUGCCGACCUGAUUGAGGACUGCGGUCGCGAUGUUACUAGCAAUGGCUGGGUAGAUGAUGUCUGCUUCAUGGCUUCAGGCCAGACAGAACGGGAAACCAUCAAAAAACUACGGGGCGCAUGCCGUAAGGCCAACCAAUGGGCUAAACGGCAUGCAUCAGUUUUCGAUCCAAAAAAGUAUGCUCUGAUGCACUUCGUCAACCCAAAGGAAAUGGACACCGAAUACACCCCUCUGAUUCUACCAGAAACGACGGUCGAGGCUACUACUACGUCAGCACGAUACCUCGGGUUCUGGCUAGACCCGAAGCUUGAAUUCAACCAUCAUCGUCAUCAGGCAGUUGCCAAAGCGGGUAUCUCACUACAUGCGCUACGGGGCCUCGCAGGCUCCACGUGGGGUGCUUCGCUUAUGGCGAUGCGCCAGAUCUACCAAGCAGUGAUUAUACCACAGAUGCUCUUUGGCAUCGCGGCAUGGUAUCAACCACUAUUGCUCACUAAAGAGAAGACCAAAGCUAUCUGCCACCCAUUCGCAUCGGUUCAGAAGCGCGCAGCUUGUCUAAUCGGCGGUGCUUUCAAAACUACGGCUGCAGAAGCCCUGAACAUCGAACUUUUCUUGCCUCCAAUUGCUCUUCACAUGGAGAAAUUAGCCAAAGAAACCGCACUACGAUUACGCACAGGACCAAAGCACGCAGUGCCCCCGACGAUGCUUCGGCGUCGGCCGGCGGAAGAGCGGGAAUGGACUGGAUGGACACCAAUGGAGGCGCAAGCCUGGAUGAAGGGCGGAUGCUUGAAGGCUCCCCCUGAAGCUGUGGCAGGCGCGUGGGAGAGCCGGAAAGCAUUCGUCCGGGAACCAUGGCGUGCACCACCGGAGGUGAUCAUCGACGACCGCGAGACUGCUGUACAAGUACACAAUGAGAUUAUGAUCAGACCUUCGAACACACGGCCUUUGAUCAUCUACACCGACGGAAGUGGCUACGAGGGGAGGAUUGGAGCUGCGAUGACUGUCGACUUAGACGAUCAGCACCGACUCUCCCAGAUGGGAACAGACGACAUGUCGACCGUAUAUGCUGCAGAGCUGCGAGCGAUCGAGAUGGCGCUUGACUGGGCCCAGAUCGAAGUCAAAAACCAAGAAACCGAGAUCAACAACGGGGUGGUAAUCUUUGCAGACAGCCAGGCUGCGCUCAAAGCACUCCGCCGCCCCCGAAUGCCAUCAGGACAGAUUUACUUAUCUGGUUGCCUCGACGCCCUGCGUUGGUUGACAGAUAGGGGUAUCGCAGUGGAAUUCCGCUGGAUCCCUGCCCACCAAGGGGUUCCUGGCAACGAGACAGUAGAUCGGCACGCUAAGGAUGCCGCUCAGGCAGACUUUUGUUCCCAGAACAACGAAAAUCGGUAUAUCAGGCUCGCGGCAGCGACUAAGCGCCGGUUCCGCCAAGAGAUGCUGAUUGCGUGGGAAGCCGCAUGGGCAUCCGAAAGGGUUGGUGCCGCGACAAGGCGCCUAAUCGAGGCACCGACGAAGAAGGUGCUUGAGUACUGGUCGGGACUGCGCAAAGCGACAUCCUCAGUCAUGCUUCAGCUCCGGACAGGGAAGAUCUCGCUGGCAUCAUACCUCCAGAAGAUCAAUAGGAGGGAGUCAGCGCGUUGUGCCUGUGAUCUGGGUAACCAGACGAUCGGGCAUGUGCUACUGCAAUGCCCCCUCUUAAGUGACCAACGGGAGAUGCUUCGCUAUGAACUGGCUGAGGCAGGCGUGUCAAUGGCCGCUGGACACGACGAACUACUCCGACAGAAGGUCGCAGCUCCAGCUGUGGCCAAAUUCAUGAUCGAUUCAGAGCUCUUGGAACAGUUUCAGGCAGUGGAGCCUGUUGCCACGGGUGUGGAGGAUGGUGAAGGCGAGAACGACGAAGAAACAUGA